AUGGCAUAUUUUCAGCAGUUGGAUAUGUUGUACAUCGGAGCGCGUGGAAUAUUUGUGUCUCGGGCAGUCGUGGCAGAGGUGGUGCGUGUUUUGCUUGAUAAACAGAUGCGUCAUCUUCUCUGUCGCGCCCAUCAAGCCCGGCACUACAGCACCGAGUUGGCGAAAGUGCGGGUCAUGACAAUGGCCAAGAAGGUCAAUUUACAUAUGCGCAAGAAGGCCAUUCGUGGCACUCGUGUCCCUGCGCCUUCUGGCCAUGUUGAGGUGCAGGUUCCCGUGGUUCAUCCUCGGACUCCCGUCACCUGCGGGCCAGGCAGGAGAUGA